GUUCAUUCCCCGGUGAGUUUUCUCAGACUGGAAUUAGAAUUACCCUGUUUUCUAUGCUUUGAUCGCUGUUCCACGGAUGCCGGAAUUUCGAUUUGAACUCGAAUUGCCUUUUAAUUCUUAACCUUGUUAAACUUUUUUGUUCAAUUGCAUGUCGGAAGUUUGAAGCUUUAAUUGAAUGACUGGGUUUUCCCUUUAUUUUUGCUGCGAUGAACACAGCUUUCGGCCAACCGGCAGAAUUGGGGCCAAACACAAAUUCAAAUUCAAACAAUGGUAGUUUUUUUGGCGCUAGAUUUUACGGCGAUGCUGCUUCUACUGGAAACCCGUCUGGCUUCCAACGGCCGGCGAAUAUGGGAUUCGGAUCGUUUUCCGGGCAAAACUUAAAUCCCGGAUCCACAUAUGGCCAAAGCAACAAUCCUUUUAGCAUACCUAGUGGGAAAUCUGGUUUUAGAAUCACAGCCCCAAGCCCUUCUUCUUCUUCUUCCUCGACCUUUGGGCCUCAAAAUGGAUCAGUGUGGGGAAGUCUAAAGCCGGGGCCAUCAACUAGUUCCAUGCAUCAAGGAACUGGAAGAGGAUCAUUUGUUCCAAUUCCUUGCGAAGGUUGUGCAGGCGGGCAACUACACUCCGUGUCUGCCAUGCCUAACUUAUCCAAGAGUCACGAAGAGUUGAGGUUUGAUGACUAUCAGCUCGCAGUUGGUAAAGGUUCAACAUCGACUGAUCCACUUGGUCGUUUCAUCCCUAAUAAUAUGUCACAAACUUCAAAUGCUGUAGCUACUGGAUUUAGACCUUUUGGCAGCAUUUCCUCAACUACACCUUCCUUCUUUUCCUUUUCACAAUGUCAACCACAAACAUCAAGUGCUCCUUCAACCGGACCAGGAAUUUGGGGCAAUUUUCCCUCAAGUUCAUCUGGUUUUACUUUCCAGAGCCAAACACAUGGAUCAAGUACAAUGUCAACUGCAACAAGACCUCAGUUCAGUUUUCCCCCAAGUACAUUAUCACCUUUCACUUCCCCGAGCCAACCGCAAGCAUCAAGUACAGUGUCAACUGGAACUUGGGGUUGGGUCAAUUUUCCCUCGAGUUCAUCUGGUUUCACUUUCCAAAGUCAACCACAUACAUCAAGUACAAUGUCAGCUGCAACAGGAGCUCAGUUCAGUUCCCCCCAAAGUACAUUAUCGCCUUUCACUUCCCAGAGCCAAUCGCAAGCAUCAAGUACAGUGUCAGCUGGAACGGGACCAAUGGGCGAUAUUUCUUUUGAACCUGCACCUCCUUUCAGUUUCCACAUCCAGCCACUAGUGUCAAAUGCAAUGUCAGCUGGAAAGGGAACAAUGGGCGAUUUUUCUUUUGAACCUACAUCUCCUUUCUGUUUCCACACCCAGCCACAAGUGUCAACUGCAAUGUCAACUGUAACGAGACCACAACAACAACAACCUUCCUCCUCAAGUGCACCCCCUGUAGAUAAUGCGGCUCCUCAGAACACUCAAACUACAACAGCAACUCAAACCAAGCCUGUACAUAAUGCAGCUUCUCAGACCACUCAAACUACUCAUGCCCUAGACAGUAAAUUUUUCAAACAACCAACAGCAGGGACUUUGAAAGCAGAGACUGAUACUCCGAUUGCUACCAUGCAACAGUCUGAUCAGAUUACCAUUGCCAUCACUCCCUCUGCUGUUGAAAGUCCUUUUGGCAUGCAAUCUACAGUUCAGAUUUCUGUGAAUUUCCUUGUCUCCCAACUUCAACAUGGAAUUUCAAGCAUAUCAUUUUCUGAAAAUCCUUCUUCCACCAAAAGAGUUGUCAUGAAUCUAGGCCAAACUGGGAUCUCAUUUGAAAUUGACCCGCCAAAAAGUGAUGGCCAAAAGAAGGCUCCAGUUUACGAAGAAAAAUCAUCUGGAACUGGGAUAGGUAAAAGUUCUACUCCCUCAAUUCCUAUGCAAAAGCCGAGGGCUUGGACUCUAAAUCUCACAGAGGAGGGAGCUCCAGAAACCAAAUCAAGUCAAUCACCGCUACAGGAUGAAAAUUCAUCUAAAGUUGAGAAUGGAAAUUCCGAUUACAGUGACUCGAGAAAACCUGGAUCAGGGUCUUCAGCCGAAAGCAAGCUAAACGUUGAAGUAACAUGUAACUCUACUGCUGAGAAUGAGAAGUGCGAUGUUGUCACAAGGAACAAAACAGAUCGGGAUUUAACUCCAAACGAAGAUGCUGCUGGCAUAGAAGCAAUGAUGCCAAAGAUGCAAUCUUUUGACCAUUUUACAAUUCCUCCCAUCCAGGAGCUGGCGGAAAAGGAGAGGAUAGAACCGGGAUUCUGCGGCCAUGUGAAGGACUUUGUGGUGGGAAGAAAGGGGUAUGGUAGCAUCAAGUUCUUAGGGGAAACAGAUGUGAGAAAUCUUGACCUUGAAUCUCUUAUCAAGUUCAACCACCAAGAGGUGAUUGUAUAUGCGGAUGAAAGCAAGAGACCGCAGGUUGGGCAAGGGCUCAAUAAACCUGCUGAGAUAACUCUACUUGAUGUCAAAUGUAUUGAUAAUGCAGGGAAUCAAUAUGUGGGUGGUCCAAAGGUGGAAAAUUUCAAAAAGGUGCUCAUCAAGAAGGCAGCAGAGCAAGGAGUCGAAUUUGUGUCUUAUGAUCCAGUUAAUGGGGAGUGGAAAUUCAGGGUGCAACACUUCUAG